CUGUCCUUCAAUCCGAGGCGCAUUUUCAAUAAGAACGCUGUGAUUAUACGAGAUAUGUGGUCUUGCGUGUGUGAAGAACGUGUGAUUUUUCCGUGGGAAAAGUGAGACCGUCGUUGAACACGAAAGCCGACAACGGAUCGUCUCGCAGAUCUCCACUGGCAUGGAGCUAGGAGCGCACUGAUAGCGUUAGUUUACGAGAUCUUGGUUUCUAUGCAUUGCCUGCCAAAGAAGAACUGAGCCCAAUGUUUCCACACAAUUCUAGUUCACAUGAGAUUUCUACAGAAACAAAUGCCUUCGUACAAAAUUCCAUGGGGGAUGUAGUAGUAUUAGGGGAAAGCAGUCUGGAUGGGGUGGGGGAAGGGGAAGGAUCAGAGCACACUAGGUACUGUGAUAUCGAAUCGAUAGCAAACAGCAGCAUGAUGGCAGCACCUAUUAGCCAUCCCGAAGCUACCGCCGCCAAUGACUUUUCAACCGUCCUGCUGAACCAAGCUGGUGAGUUCAACUCAACCGGCAUAGGUAAGGCCUGCCAGUCAGUGGCGCCAGCAACCACAAAAUACCCAACAAAUCACCUUCUAAUCUGCGAUAAUAAUAAUAAAAUAAAUAAUCACAACAAUGCAGAACAUAAUCAUCACAAGUACAGAAAGCAAAACACACCGGGCUUGCUUGGUUUGCAGCUGGGCAGCUCCGCCAAUAACUCUAAGUCUAUUUGUAAGACAUUAAGUGAUAAUAAGACUAGCUUUAGUAAUCUAUAUAUUAGAGUAUGUAUAAGGGUACGUGUAAAUUUUGAAAGGGACGAAGCGUAUCGCGCCGUUGGGGUACCUAGCCUAGUUAGGAUACCCAAGUCUGAUAGUCCCCAACGGUUGUUACGCCUCCCUAACUCUGACGACAAUUACUCCUUACUAGGGUCCUGCCUUGACCUAGGCGACAACAAUAAAUUUAAGGCUAAUUUUAGUUAUGUAAGUAAUAACAACUCCAAGUCUGUGAUAUUGCUCAGCUCAACCAGUUACAGUAAUCAUUACCUCCUCUUUAGUGGUGGCUUUGACAAGAUAGCUGCUGUUAUCCCGGUACUUUGUAUUAAGAGGGACGAUUCUACCACCACAUCGAAUAGAAUGAAACUACUAGGUGAUAAGUACGCCCUAGUUACCAGUUUUGCUCAGACCUCCAGACUGCUUGCAAACAAUAGAAUUCUGGACGAUUCUAACAUCCGAAUCUCGCUGAGCCGCCGAAUAGUACGACACCUCUUGAAAUUGCAUUUCAACGGCAACACUCUAGUACCGGUGUCUAUUUAUUACGCUCAGAAGUUUGCGAUGUACGCCGCCAGUUCUUCCAUUACGCUUAUCGUUUUCAGAAACGAAGUAAUUGACCACACUUUGCGAUCUUUCCUGAAAAAUCUCACACAAUUAUAUGUACAAUCUUCUAUUUCUCCAUUAUGUAAUGUCACUGUGACCGAGCUGAUGCAACACAUAUGUGUUCCAUUAUUAGUAAUAUGUAAAAGUAAUGAUUACAACGUUGGUAAUAAUUAUAAUGAAUAUUAUAAUAACGAGUACAGUAACGUUAGUAGUAUUGAAGAGGAAAUUAAUAUUAAUAAUAAUAAUAAUCCAGAUGUUAUCGGAAACAUUGUUGACAUCGCUGUGUGCUACAAGACUAGUGUAAUGACUACUAAUGUUAGGAUCUUAGGGUCUCAAAAUGAUGGUAUUAGUUGUACCGAAGCAACAAUAUUUACUGUUGGUGCUCUUUUAUUUCAGGAUAACAAUAAGCCUCUAAACACUUGUUUUAAGAUUAGUAGAUAUAAUAGGGGAUUGGUCGCUACCGAUCGUGAAUCUAACUCUACCAUUAAGUCUGUAUGUAGGUCUACGCUAAGCGAUAAAUGUAAUAGUAACGUUAAGUUUGAAACAUCUCAUGCCGCUCGACUUGACGAAUCUGACAACAGAAAGCAAGUUAAGUUGACUGUCAACAUUCCUAUAAUGACUACCUGCAAGCCUACGAUGACGCUUACAUGCCAAUCAGCCACCGUCGCAUCCCAAACAAUUGCUGUACCUGUGUCUCGGGCGGAGAUUCGCACGAACGACAAUGAAAUGCGAUUGGAAUAUUUCAAUGUACUCCAAAAUGACCAAAUAUGUAUCCAAUAUAUGUUGCUAAGUCAUACAGAUGAUCUUAAUAAGAAUGACUAUUUGUGUCAUUAUGACGCAACUAAAUUUAAACUCGUGCAAAUUUAUGCUAUUGACAAGCUCAAGGCUACUACAACAACAUCGAAAGAUGACGCUCAGUUGAUCUGCAAAUAUGACCGAGAUAAUCUUAGACGCGACCAAAGUCGUAAGAACGAUGACAAUGAUUAUGAUGAUGAUAAUGAUAAUAAUGAUGCCAUCAUAUGCAACGGCAACGAAGAUUCCAUUGUAUCGUCUACGUUGCAAUGGUCAUACCUUAUAAAGUGUGUGCGUGCGUUAAUUCCUGCUUGUCGAAGAACAUACGAGAAGUACGGGAGCGAAUAUGGAGUUCAACAGCGUCAACUAAAAUCCAUCUUGGACAUCCUGUUUCGUAAUCCUGUUUCGAAGUUAUAUGACAAAUACAACGAGCCUAUUACAAGUUACAAACAACGUUGGGGCAUACCAAUGGUUCUGCGAUUAGCAGGGGGUGGAGAGAGUUCCUUGAAUAGCGGUGGAGCUACCAAUUGGGGAACGACGCAAGCCACUACGCCGAAUAACAACAAUACGAAUCAGAGUGGAUGGGGCGGUACACCCGGAAAUCCACCCGGUAGUGCUAAUGCACCUAAUAAUUGGGGCGGAAACACCGUCAACCGAUCUGUUACUGGAAAUCCAAAUCAAAAUCAAAAUCAAGGACCGCCUGGAAGUCAAAAUAAUUCGGGUAAUGUGAGUAAAGUUACGAAUCCUAAUCAACAAUCGAAUCAACAAUCUGGUCCGCCAACAUCUCAAUCAAAUAAUCCUACUCAAGCGAAUCAGAAUAAUAACCAAUGGCCUCAGGGAAAGUCUAACAACCCAGGUGGUCUUGGACAAAAUCCAUCAGUGCAAAAUAAUAACAGUAGUGGUGUUCAACAACAACAAUCUUCAGGUUCGAAUGCGAAUAACAAUCAAUCGAAUAAUCCUACCCAAGGAGCUGUCAGUAUCGGCACUACUUCGGCGACUAAUAAUCCGUCUACGAAACAACAACUCGAACAACUUAAUACGAUGAGAGAAGCGCUCUUUAGUCAUGAUGGUUGGGGCUGCCAAAACGUGAAUCAAGAUACAAAUUGGGACGUGCCAACGUCUCCCGAACCAAGCAUGACCAAAGACGGUGUACCGAUCUGGAAACCACCAGUGAAUAACGGUACCGAUUUAUGGGAGGCGAAUCUGCGUAACGGCGGACAGCCGCCGCCUCAGCAACAGACGAAAACACCGUGGGGCCACACUCCGGCUACCAAUAUUGGCGGUACUUGGGGCGAAGAUGAUGAAACAGCUGAUUCGUCUAACAUGUGGACCGGUGCGCCGACGCAGUCACAACCGAGCGCUGCUCAGUGGACCGGUACUGCCGGCAAUCAAGCUGGAUCCAAUUGGAGCGAUCCCAGAAUAGACCACAGAGAUCCAAGAGACUUGCGAUCUGUAGAUCCGAGAGAGAUGCGUGACCCACGAGAUCAUCGUAUGUCCUUGGAUCCACGAGAUCACAUGCGCGUAAUGGAACCGAUGGCUCGUGAUCCGCGAAUGGCCGAUAUGCGCGGUGAUCCACGUGGAAUAUCAGGACGUUUGCAUGGCGCAAACGCGGAUGCGAUGUGGAGCCAGCCGCCUGGGCCUCCUGGGCAUCAUCAAAUGGGUCAUCAACACCCAUCUGGACCGCCGGCCAAAAUGCUUAAUCCAUCGAACAUGAAUCAGUGGGCCGCGCCACCGCCAAAGGAUAUCAUGCCCGGUAAACCGACUGGAUGGGAAGAACCCUCGCCGCCGACACAACGCCGCAACGUGCCCAAUUAUGACGAUGGUACUAGUCUCUGGGGAAAUCCGGGUGCUAAUCAGCGCGCUAUACCGGGUAGUAAAGUAUCACACUGGAAAGAUAUGCCUGCACCGAACUUGGCUCGUGGAGGCAUGCAAUGUCCACCAGGAAUGCCGCAGAACAGAAUGCCAGGACAACCUGGAAUGAAACCGGACGUUGGUAAUCCUAUGUGGGGUCACCCCGGCGCUCCCAGCGGACGCAACGGAACUUGGACAGAUGGACCGCAUGAUACCGCAUCCUGGGAUGAUCCUAAGACACCUGCUACAUGGAAUGAGCCUCAAUUGAAUCCAGCUUGGAGUGCACACAAGCCAAAGCCUAUGGUACCUGCUGGUGGUUGGGGCGAUUCUGAUAUGGAUCCGACUCCCAGUUGGGCGCAUCCUACGAAGCCCACUUUAACGAAGGAAGUUAUAUGGAAUAGUCGCGAAUUUCGAUAUCUGUGCGAAUUAGGAUUUAAGAAAGAAGACGUUGAAGCAGCAUUAAGAAAUCGAGAGAUGAACCGAGAUGAAGCACUGGAACUUCUCAAUCAAAUACGUCCUGUCGAUCAAUGGAGACGUCACGACACGCAUUCUGGUUAUGAUCCAGCGCAUCAAGCGACUACCGCACCUGCAUAUCCCCGAUUCAAUCAUGUGGGACAGCAGAUGUCAUUUCCUCCAGGCGGAGGAGUGCCCAGUGGAGCAACCAGUGGAGGCGUAGGUGGUUCUGUAACCAGUGCUAGUCUUCUCAAACUUCAACAACAACAACAGCAACAGACAGCUGUUCCGCUACAGCAACAGCAGCCAAGUACCAAUGCACCACAACCUCCUUUCAAUCAGGCAUCUCGCACAACACAGAAUCAGCCAAGUACACAGCAACUGCGUAUGCUCGUGCAACAAAUUCAAUUAGCUGUCCAUGAAGGAUAUCUAAAUCAUCAGAUUUUGAAUCAACCAUUAGCGCCUCAAACUUUGAUGUUAUUAAAUCAGUUGCUGCAGCAAAUCAAGGUUUUGCAGCAAUUGCAUCAACAACACUCUCUUCAGAAUACUUCAAUGAAAGGAGGCAAUCAGUCUUCUCUGCAGAUUAGUGUUCAAAUUACAAAAACCAAGCAGCAAAUAACGAAUCUGCAGAAUCAGAUCGCAGUACAGCAAGCAACGUAUAUGAAACAACAACAACAACAUCCAGCUCCUCCGUCACAAGCAUCAGAGUACUAUAAAUCCUCUGUGCACGAUCCUAUGUCAGCUUUGCAGAACAGUUUUAGUGAUUUAACAAUGAACAAAGAACCUCCAGUGAGUCAGCAACAGUCAAGAUUAAAUCAAUGGAAACUACCAUCGAUCGACAAGGACGGUGAUUUAGUAUCAAACGAAUUUUCCCGUGCUCCUGGAACUACAAGUAAACCGCCUACAACACCUGGAGCUUUGACUCAAUCGCAUAGCAGUCCGAACAUGAAUCCAUUAUUAGGUCAAAGCGACGGCACGUGGUCUUCUAGACUCGGCGAUAGCGGCUGGCCUGAUCCAGGUAACAGCGAUUCGACCGAUGGAAAGGACUGGCAACCAGGUGGUGCCGCAUAUACAGAUCUUGUACCGGAAUUCGAACCAGGGAAACCAUGGAAGGGUACCCAGAUAAAAAGCAUCGAGGAUGAUCCUAGUAUCACUCCCGGUUCUGUCGUGCGCUCUCCAUUAUCCUUAGCAACUAUCAAGGAUCCCGAUACGAUUUUUUCGUCGAGCAGCAAGACAUCACCGCCACCGCAAACAGCCAAUCCUGACACAUCGAUCCCGAGUCUAAGUAAUUCCACGUGGUCAUUUAAUCCACCAGCCACCACACCUAGUGCUUUUACUAGCACUUCCAAAAAUACAUGGGGUGAGUCUGCUCCUCCGCCCACUGCUGUGACUUCGGAGCUGUGGGGUGCGCCAAUGAGCAAAGCGCGCGGCCCACCUCCCGGUUUGGGUAGUAAAGGAGCUACAAACGCAAGCAAUGGCUGGGGAGCCGGCUUAGGAACUGUCAGUAGAUCAUCUAGUUCGUGGGGCCUUCAGUCGUCAUCGGUUAGCAAUACAGGUUGGAUGUCUACUUGGCUUUUAUUGAGGAAUCUUACUCCUCAAAUCGACGGUUCCACUUUGAAAACAUUAUGCAUGCAACAUGGACCGGUUCAAGAUUUCCGUCUCUAUCAGAAUCAUGGAAUUGCUUUGACGAAAUAUUCUUCUCGCGACGAGGCAAUCAAGGCACAAGGAGCCCUAAACAAUUGCGUCCUGGGUAACACAACGAUAUUUGCCGAGUCGCCCGGAGAGAGCGAGGUGCACACGAUUCUGCAGCAACUCGGCCACGGCGGACAGCAGCAAGCCGGUAGUUCCGGCGGGGCCGGUUGGGGCCUUAGACCAACUAACAAAGCUGGCCCGCCACCCGACACCUGGGGAGGCAGCUCUAGUCAGCUCUGGGGCGCCCCGCCUACUAGCAAUUCCCUGUGGAGCAAUGCCGGGAUAGACAACAGUGACCAGCAACGAGCAACUCCCAGUUCUCUCAACUCGUACUUACCCGGAGAUCUUCUGGGAGGUGAGUCGAUGUAGAGAACGAGAGGCCAUCCGCCCGAAAUUUUGUCAAAUAAGUAAACAAAUUCACUUGCUUAUGACGCAAGUCCAAAGAUGCAGCUCGGCUGACGCAAAUUUCGUGAUCGAAUGCGUAUUACUUCCUCUUCCGAUCCCUUAUUCCUCUAAAUCACAUUUUGUAUAUCUAAGUAUUAUCACGUUACUGGUCGGUGUUUUUGGUUAGAGCAGAUACAAGCAGUAUCUGCUUAUAUAUACUCUGUCGAUGAUAAGAAAGAGCGAACAUAUGAGAGGAAGAGGGAAAGGAAGGGAGAAUUGUGAGAGAGUGAUAGAAAGAAAGAGAGAGAGAGAGAGAGAAAGAGAAAAGAAGAGAAUAUGUAUGUACGUGCGUAUGCGCGCGCGUACACGUGUGCGUGUGUGUGUGCGUGUGCGCAAAAGAGAACGAAAGGAAAUGAGACGGACGAGGUCUUCACGAAACGUCAAUUAUAUUGCUAGGAAAUGCAAUUACUAUAACGAGUUACUUAACAAAGAAAUUACUACCCUCGUAUCCGCCUUGAGUAGAAAACACGCGUAAGCGAAAUAAUCGCAAUGGUAUACAACCAAAUUGUGCGAUAGAUAUCUAAUUUUACAUGACAAAUCACAUCCACACACAUAUACACAUAUACAUUCAUAAGAACACUUAAUAGAAAAAAAGAAAAGUACUUUCAAGUACGAAUGCGGUCGCGUCAUUACUCUCGAAGGAGAUAUAAAUAUCUCUAAAAGAUUUAUAAAUUGCGGAAGAUCAAGUUAAGUCAAGUCAUACCAAUCGCAACGGUCUUUUCAUCAAUUUCUUGGUGCGUGUACUGCGUGCGAUCUGCCACGAUAUGUAACGACGAAAUGGCGUUUUCGUCGUUCUAAUCUUGUAAGUACGUAUUUCUAAUCUGAAAAUAAGACAUAAACAAGAGAAGAGAAGAAAGAGAGAAAGAAAAAGAAACUCGGCGCUCUUUGUGCUGUUUUACUGGGAAGAAAGGGCGCUUUUCUCAAUGAGGAUUUAUCGUCGAGGGUCUCUGAUCAGGUGAAAGAGUGUUCCAUUUUUUGCUGGACAGUUCCGAAGACUGCAGCGAGUAUCAAAUGUAGACUGUAUCAAUCUAAUCAAAAGAAAAGAAAAACCUUAAAAAACAAGCAUUGACGUCGCUGCCUGGUGUUCUGCCCCGACUUCCAAUCCCCACCGCGCUCUGGACCCCCCACGAAUAUGGAAGAAACAAGAGGAAUGCAGGGAUAUCAGAUCAACUGGGCAACGACGCAACGAUACCAAAUGUUAUCGCAAUAACGUAAAUUUUAUUCUAUAUUAAAUCUAGAUGCCACCUGUCGUGCCAAUGUCCAGUGUGUCUCUUUACCAUUUAUUAACGUAGAGUUUAAAUGAAAAAAAAAAGAAGAUAAACGGAAGAUAAGGAGAAAUGGAAAAAAGCGAGAUGAAGCGAUUAGAGCACGAAGCGUUGAAAAAAAUCGAGGAAAAUGCUGAUAUAAAUGGCUAAUAAAGCGGCUGAAAAUAUCGGGUAUACAUGAAAAAUAAACAUGAAGACGAGUAAUGAACGCUACAUACCGAUUACCGUGUAUGUAGUAUAUUACGCUUCUCUUGUUAGUGAUGAUAUUUCGAACUCACAGUAAUUACAAUAAUCCGCGUAAGAUCGCAAUGUGAGAAAUGGCGAUGUUACGAAUGGAUGGCAUUUAUUAUGGGCGCAUAUACUGUCGAGCGGAGCUCGCAGUCUCUAGGAUGAAUUUAAAUUAGUUUUUCUCUUCAACGUCAAAGGUACCUGAAUGGACUGAUAACCAAACGACGAACAAGCGAACCGUUAAUUACUCAUGCACAAGUUUCCUUACUUUUUUCUUUCCGUUUCUCCGCGUGUCGGAGCAUUUGGAAAUGUUUCGCGAUCAAUCAUUAGGCGCGUAAAAUCGUGAAAGAUGUGAAAAAGAGAUGGCUUUUUUUCCUUCGUCAAUUAAGACAAAGAAUAAGAACAAAUUAUAUACAUAUAUACAUAUAUAUGUGUGUGUAUGUAUAUAUGCUAUAUAUAUAUAUAUAUAUAUAUAUAUAUAUAUAUAUAUAUAUAUAUGAAAAUUGAAGGAAGAAAAGAAACACAAUCACAAGACGCGAGCCGCGCGCGAUACAAAUGUGAACAACUACAUAUAUACACAUGCUGAUUACACAUCGUUUGCCACGCAUGACUGAACUUGCAUGCUUGCAAAUAUCAACACGCCAAGCUAAGGAAAUGUACACAGUAGCAUUGGUCGACAAUGAUUAUCGCCGCUUCCAUGCGAUCGGUCGAUCCUCGCGGAUAUCGGACUAUUAUACUUUGGCAUACCGUUAAAUCAAAAAGAAAACAUUUUUAUAUCUGUUGCCUUCCAAGAGAGAGAGAGAAAGAGAGAUUGCGAGAGUGUGAGAAAGAGAGAGAGAGAGAGAGAGAGAGAGAGAAAGAGAGAGAUUGUUUUGUAGGAGACAUCAUCAAAAAGAGGCACGUUUCUCAUGUGCUAUGACGAAAAUACCGGUGCAUCGGUCCGCGAUGUGUCCGCGAUGAGAAUCCGCGCGGUUCCGCCGUUCAUGUCGCCUCGACUCUGUCGGCCAGUGUUGUUACGUAAUGCUUAAUUUUAAUAUUUUCGUAAGAAUGCAUAAUUUAAGGAGUAUUCAUAAUUACUAUCUAACGUAGAUAGAAUUCAAGAGGAAGCGGAAAAGAACGCGACGGUACGAUUAUGACGACUAUACGAGCUCCUCAGUUGCAAAGCGAAAGAAAAAAAA